GAAGAAGGAGAAGCUUGGUGACGGUGUUUGUUCUGCGACACAAACACCGUCCAUAGCAGCAGCUUGGGAGCAUGUAGCAGCUCUCACAGGCGACUUCUCCUGCUCUUGCUGCUGGCUACAAGAUUAAAAACGACAAUGCGAGGUUUACUGACGACCCUGUGAUGGUGAUGUGACAGGCAGACGUGUCUCGGUGGUGUUGUGGAGCAUUGCAUGGAGGUGGAGGAGGGCAGGCGGAGGGUCUGAGCUCUGCUGUCGGUGUCCGGUGUCCGGGAUGGAGACCUGGACCCCCAAUCCCCGAGCCAAACCCUUCAUCCCCCGCCAGCAGAGAAGCCUGUACCUCACCUGGAAAUACAAGCUGACCAACAAGAGGACGAUCCGUCGGGUCUGUCAGGCUGGUGCUGUGCUGUUUCUGCUGAUAACUGUCAUAGUCAACAUUAAACUCAUCUUGGACACGAGAAGAGUAGCUAAUGAAGAUGCAGCAGCUCAAGAAUAUGAGGACACAAUACCGAACAUGGAGACACCACGCAGGCCGGCUAAUGGACGCAAGGUCCUGGACAUUGAGGUGUACUCCAGCCGCUCCAAGGUCUAUGUGGCAGUAGACGGCACCACUGUGUUGGAGGACGAUCAGCGGGAGCAGGGCCGAGGCAUCCAUGUGAUAGUUCUCAACCAGGCGACUGGUCAUGUGAUGGCCAAGAGGAUAUUUGACACCUACUCUCCCCACGAGGAUGAAGCCAUGAUCCUCUUCCUCAACAUGGUGACCCGGGGUCGAGUCCUCAUCUUCACCAUAAAGGAUGAGGGCACGUUCCACCUGAAGGAUGCUGCUAAGAGCCUGCUGAAGAGUCUGGGCAGCCAGGUGUCCCUCAACCUCAGCUGGAGGGACAUGUGGACUAUGGUGGUGAAGAAAGGAGGUCAGGUGUAUGGAGAGAAGCACUCAAAGUCUCCAGCUCUGUCCACCUGGGGAGACCCGGUGCUGCUGAAGACCGAGGUGCAGCUCACCGCAUCCGAAGAGGCAGAGUGCCACUGGGCAGACACCGAGCUCAACAGGAGGAGGAAGCUCUUCUGCAGCAAAGUGGAAGGAUACGGAAGCAUCUGCAGCUGCAAAGACCCGGCGCCCAUCGAGUUCAACCCCGACCCUCUGCCCAACAAUAACGUCCUCAGUGUCCCAGUGGCCGUCAUAGCAGGGAACAGACCCAACUACCUCUACAGGAUGCUGAGGUCUCUUCUGUCAGCUCACGGCGUCAACCCGCAGGUGAUCACUGUCUUCAUCGAUGGUUAUUAUGAGGAGCCUAUGGAUGUCGUAGAGCUGUUUGGACUGAAGGGAGUUCAGCACACACCCAUCAGCAUCAAGAAUGCCAGAGUGUCUCAGCACUACAAAGCGAGUUUGACUGCAACCUUCAACCUUCACCCAGAGGCCAACUUUGCCAUCGUCUUAGAAGAAGACCUGGAUAUCUCCAUCGACUUCUUCAGUUUUCUGAGUCAGACCCUCCACCUGUUGGAUGAGGAUGACAGCCUGUACUGUAUCUCAGCCUGGAACGACCAGGGCUAUGAGCACACAGCAGAGGACCCGGCUCUGCUGUACAGAGUAGAGAGUAUGCCCGGCCUGGGCUGGGUGCUGAAGAAGAGCCUCUACAAGGACGAACUGGAGCCAAAGUGGCCGACGCCCGAGAAGCUGUGGGACUGGGACAUGUGGAUGCGAAUGCCGGAGCAGAGGAAAGACAGAGAGUGCAUCAUCCCCGACGUGUCCCGGUCGUACCAUUUUGGCAUCAUCGGCCUCAACAUGAACGGCUAUUUCCAUGAGGUAUAUUUCAAGAAACACAAGUUCAACACAGUUCCCAAUGUGCAGAUGAAGAACAUCGACAGCUUAAAGAAAGAUGCUUAUGAAGUGGAGAUCCAAAACCUGUUGAAGGAAGCGGAGGUGCUGGAUCACACCAAGAACCCGUGUGAGGACUCGUUCCUGCCAGACUCCGAGGGGAAGACCUACGUCAUGUUCAUUAAGAUGGAGACUGAGACGGACACAUCCACCUGGACAGAGCUCGCCAAGUGCCUCCAUGUUUGGGAUCUGGAUGUACGGGGAUACCACAGAGGCCUGUGGCGGCUCUUCAGAAAAAGGAAUCAUGUCCUGGUGGUGGCCGUGCCAAUCUCCCCAUACUCAGUGAAGAAACCAGCCAGUGUCACUCCCAUUCACUUAGAGCUUCCGCCCAAAGAAGAGGGCGCACCGGUGGAGCAGAUGUAGACCUGAUGUUACACUUGCGCACACACACUUCAACCAGCCCAGGCCUUAACUCUUCUUCUCCUCUCUUCACCACCAACCACUAGUAAUCCAGCCUGGGACCCACAACCACAAAACUUUUCUGACUUUUCCUAGAUGUUGAACUUGUGUACGAAAGGAUACCUGGGAAAUGGAGUCCUACUAUUUUUUUUUCUUUCUUAUUUUUAAACAAUAGAGGGAUUAACACUACAAACUGCACUACUGUAUCCGUCCAACAGCUUGGGGAGGAAUGAUGAUGGUAAAAUCAGUUUUGGUCAAACGUGACUGAACAACCAAAACGGUAUAUGACUUGUCGACUGUCUUUUUCUGUUGACCCGCUGAUCCGCGGCCUCGUCAAUUUCAAUUCAAGCUGUGACUUUUCAACAAGAACGGUACAAAUGACACAAAGACACAUUCACCAGAAUUUAGUCAGUUUUCCUCUGAGUUUGUUGUGUUUUUUAACUACUGAGUGCUUUGUUCAUUAUGUACAUACGGUUUAACUUAUCUCUAUUUAUUUUACAUCUAUCAAUCAAAAAGCAGUUUAGUGUUCUUUUUUUUUUUUUUUUAAAGAUCCACUUUUAUCAAGAUCAGUGCAUUUUUUAAGAGCCUAACGUUUACAGAUAAUGAAAUAAUGUAUAUACAUGCCUAUAUAUUUUUUGAUGAAAACUUUAAAGGGUCUGCAUAUUUUUCAGCGUUAGAUAUUGAGUUUGAGUGAAAGACUUGAUGACAGCCCUGUGGGUUUUUACUAUUAUUGACUGCUUAGGUCAGUUGCCUCGGAUCAGGUUUCAUGAGGGAAACUCUAUGGUGGCUGAAAGAGACAAAAAUGAGAAAAUAUUCACAGAUUCAGCAACAUACUCUCCGAUUAGAAACACUGUAAUACAUGAUGCCUAUUCUGAUUGUACCACAGUGAUGCUUUAUAAACAAAACAAAAAAAACAAGGAAGUCUUUUUUAUUAUAUAUUUUAUAUCUUUGAUCAGAGAGUUCCUGAAUUAAAUUGUAAAAAUCAAUUUUUUUAACUAGAUAUAGAUGAAGUUCUUGCACAGCUUCUUGCGUUUAGACAGCUCUCACAAAACAGACAUUUAUCUACUUUGUUAAAUAAGAAAAAAAUGUUUGCAUUAAAGUCAACUACCAGGGAAAGUAUUGCCUUGGUGUUGAAAGCCCUAACAGUUAAGCUACAAAAUAAAAGUAGAAAAUUUAUAAAAAGUCAAAAAAUAAUUGUAUAUAAAAUUCAGUUUAUGAUUUUAGUUCCCAGGCAAAAUUUACUGGCUUCAUUAUUUGCUUUUUGUUUUAGAAAUGCUGCUUUUAUUCUAAAAAGAAAGAAAUAUGUCAGUCAGAAAACACUGCUCAUUUCAUUGUGUUGCAAGCUCACUUCAGUUCCUAAAUGAAGCGUAUGUUUCAAAUCAGUGAAAAAUCAGCUUGUUCUCCCUGUGUGCAGUUUUGGCCUCUCUCAGCCACCAUAGCAGGUAUAAGCUCAAACGCUUGAACAGAAUGUAGCGACUUUAGCCAGUUCAUACACUCUUCAUGUAGAUGGAAUACAGAAACGGGUAACUGACUGCUUACAUUGCUGAAAUAUUAAGGAGCGAGGUCACAGAAAAGACAGACAGAUAUUUAAAGGGUUUGUGUAUUUUAUCACAUCAUAAAAUAUAAAUAUCAUUGGCCAGUCAACAACCAAAUGGAUACUCCAAGAUGUUACAAUGAAACUAAGAAGGAUCGUGGUUGCUGCUGUUCUUAGUAUUCGGUCCAUUAUUUCAAGAUCACAACUUAAAUAUCUUUCAACGUAACAAGCAGUUUUUCUCUUUAUUUAAACUUAACAUCAUAUUUACAAGACAUAAAUUAUGAUUCUGUGGUUCUCAGGUUGAAUUUAAAAAAAAAAAAAAUGUCCCAGAUAACUAAUAAUUAUCUUGUUAUCUGGAGAUGAGAGACUCAAGAUCUGCAUCUCGUAAUAAUGAGAUAUUAAAGGGGAACUGAGCCCAUUUUCAAAAUUCAUAGAUGUUAUUCUUAUGGUCUAAGACAGUCCAAAAAA